CAGCGGGACGGGAACAUGCGGGUGCGCGUGCGGAGUUGGCACGGAGUCGCGUCCUGGCUGUGGGUGGCGAACGAUGAGAACUGCGGUAUCUGCCGGAUGGCCUUCAACGGCUGCUGCCCCGAUUGUAAGGUCCCCGGCGACGACUGCCCGUUGGUGUGGGGGCAGUGCUCGCACUGCUUCCACAUGCACUGCAUCCUCAAGUGGCUGAACUCGCAGCAGGUGCAGCAGCACUGUCCCAUGUGCCGCCAGGAGUGGAAGUUCCGGGAGUGAGGGCGGCACCGGGCACGGCGACGGGCCGUGGCCCAUUCCCC